AUGGGCCUCCAUAAGGCUCCAUUUAACUCGAAAACCUUUAGCGAUUACUGUGAAUUUAUGGGAAUUCAACAUAACAACAUUAGUCAUUACCCUCUCCAUCCACAAACUAAUGGAUUGGUAGAUAAACAAAGUAGUGCGUACUUCUUCAAUUCACGGAAAUGUUGGAAACAGGAACUCUUUAAAUUUCUUCGGAAUUACAGAGUAACGCCACAUACCACAACAGGUAAAAGUCCGGCUGAUCUACUGUUCCAAACACGACUGUAUCGAGUACGGAUCCCAGAGCUGUCAACGUCACAUAGCAGCGAUAACAAGGUACGUGAAAGAGAUGCGGAAAAGAAAUUGCAAGCAAAGCAGUAUGCAGAUCGAAAGUCUUAUGUUAAAUGUUGGUGA